GGUACUAAUCGAGUACCCUGGGGAGCAGCAGCUCCCCACUGAAGAGCUGCAGCAGCAAAAAAGGAGGCCCCCUGGCAGCUUUGGGGGCCCCGGGGGGGCCCCCACUGCAGCAGAGGGGGGCCCCCAGGAGGGGGGCCCCCUCGCCCUGGCGCUGGCCUGCCUCCCGGGCCCCCAGGAGGGGCCCCCAGGCUCGGGGGGCCCCCCAGGGGGCCCCCCAGGGGCCCCGGAGCCUGGGGACUGCAUUUGUGCCGCAGCGGCGUCGCAGCAGGGGGGCGCCCCAGCAGCAGGGGGGGCCCCCCGGGGGCCCCCCUGUCAGCUGCAAGGGUACUUGAUGGUGGACCAAAUGGCAGCAAAGGAAAUGGCAGCACUGGAGGCUGCAGCAGCACUUAAAAGGGCCCUCAGCUACUUCCUGCUGGAAGCGCCGCCCCCUGCUGCUGCAACAGCAGCAGCAGCAGCAGCAGCAAGGGGCGCCCGUCCCUCGUCGCGGGCGGACAGCGAGGGGGUCCUCCCGCAGCACGCCAAGGGCCCCGUUGCUGCAGUGAAGCUGCUGCCGCAGCAGCAGCGCCCCUGCUGCUGCUGCUGCAGCUGCAGCAGAAGCUAA